AUGCGUCUCCUUCGCGCCCUCGCCGGGGCCGUCUUGCCCUUUCUCGCAGUCGCCUCCUCGACCGGCUCCGGCUCAACAUCAGACGCAGCUCAGUCCGAAACCUCCUCCUCUUCAACAACCGUAUACUACUGGCCACUCGACGCCGCGUCCCCGUCCGUACUCGCAAAAGUGUCGUACGACCCGAAGACGCUCGGGUAUCAGAUUGACGAAUACAAUUCUCCUGUCUUGGCUCUUUCAUCUUCUUCAUCCUCCGAGAAUACUCCAGGCGAACAGAAACAGCAAGAGCAAUUGGUGCGCAUUGGGCUAUACGACCCAGCGACACACGCAUGGACAGGCACUGUGACGCAACUAGCCAGUUUCGCAGAGGAGUAUCAUAAGAGUCUCGCGCUGAGCGUGGAUGCGCGCGGGGAGGUAUGGCACGUGGGAUUCCGGGCGUGGAAGCAGGGUCCGGGCACGGGAGCGGGCACGGGAACGGGCAAUGCUCAAAAUAGCCAGGGCAAUGGGCAGAAAGGGGGCCAGGGAAAGAACCAGGGCAACGGCCAGAAACAACAGGGCCAAGGAGAAGAAAGUAAGGGAGGAGAAAAUAAGGGCGAGAUCAAGGUCGAGUUGGUGAAGCCGAACAAAGGCGCGGAACCGCAUCUGAAUAAACCGAUUGUGUUGAAUCCGGAUGGGAAGAUGCCGCAGAAGGAGCCGGAGAAGACGAUUUUGCAAAAGUACUGGUGGGUCUUUGCAGCAAUUACGUUACUGCUCAUGGCGGGCGGUGGAGACAAAUAG